CGAUUAACCAGAAUCUUUCGACUUCAGUAUCUGGGCAUGAAUAAUAAAUAUUUAAAUAAUCCUAGUACGACACCGCUGUUUCUCGCCUGAAGCCUAGAACGGACCACUUCAUCCAUCCACUUUGACAAAUCUCAAACCAACAACCUCAAAGUUCUUAUGCUCACCUCAUUCGACACAAGCAUUCAACAAUUACUAUAAAGUCGCCUGGAAAAAGACCAGAUGUCUAAUUUAUAAUUGAACAAUAACUCACCAUGUCGGCACCUACUUCCCCGCAUUUUAGAAGCUCAGAUUCGCCAUCCCCCAAAUCUCCCCUUUCACCAAAUAUUUCUGCGCCAACAAAUUCGGACUAUUUUUCUUCUCGAAAGCUUAGAUCUAUCACAGAGCAUGUCCAAUAUGAUCAUCCGCCUAACCAACGGCAAAACUCUAUGUCGAGCAUAUCCUUUAGAGGGGGUUCGAGAGGUCCGCGGCCCUUGAAAGACGGGAAGGGUGGUAAGGGAAAGAAGACGCUGACUCGUCCUCGUCUGAGGGGCUCGAGUCCACCUCCUCCACCAAAAUUUAAAGGAAAAGUCUCAUUUGAUAGUAUUGGAUCGCUAUCAGAAGACACAGAGAGGAAUACUAGAAGUUACACUCAAAACUCUAAACAUGAGGGAUAUCAAUACAAACGUUCCUCGAGGACUUUCAUGGUCGGCAUAGAUGAGAAUUCUUAUUCGGAUAUCGCUUUACAAUGGAUGCUAGAGGAGCUCGUCGACGAUGGAGACCAAAUUAUCUGUUUAAGGGUCGUUGAUAAAGAUUCGAAGUUGAUCACCGACAGAGCCCUGGAGAUCAAGCAAUAUCAGCAGGAUGCAAGAGAACUACUUGAUGCGAUACAAAAGAAGAACGAUGAUAAUAAAGCUGUCAGUAUUGUACUGGAGUAUGCCAUAGGGAAAGUCCAUACAACUUUCCAAAAAAUGAUCCAAAUUUACGAACCUGCGAUGCUCAUCGUUGGAACUCGGGGGCGAAGUCUUGGGGGGUUCCAAGGUUUGAUGGGAAACAGAAACUCGUUCUCAAAGUGGUGCUUGCAGUAUUCGCCCAUACCAGUCGUUGUCGUAAGACCCACGGAUAAAAGGUUAAAGAAGAAGCAAAAACGAGAUGCAGAUCCUGCACGUCAAAGUUACACUCGCAUUCUGCAAGAGAGCGGGGUUAGCGGACAUGAAACAUCAAUCGUUGCAAGCAAUCUCGAGAGCGCAACUGGUCCCCUUAUUGAAGCGCACGCAGUAGCAGCUGCCCUUGGUUUACCAGCAGAAUUUGAUCCCACAUUGACGCCAUUCACCCUUGAAGGUAGCCGACCUCUCAAAAAGAUAGAUUCCGGUAAGAGCGAAGCGACAAGCUGCACCAGUGGGUUCGAUUCUCGGCCUCAGAGUCCGGAGAUGCUUGUGAAGAGUCCUAGAUCUGCACAGCUUGAUAGUCCCAUUAUGAGCGGGGAUGAUUCUAGUGACGGAGAAGGGGAUGAUGAUGAAGGAGAAUUCGAGGCAGUGCCUGGACACUUGUUACUUGGCAACGACGAUAUCCCUCAGCCAAACCCAGAAAUUGAAAAGAAGAAAAAGCUUCAUGAGAUGGAGCUCGAAGAGGCAAAAGCUCUAGGCCGAAAAUCUUCUACUGGCUCUACUGACAGUGUUGAUCCAGAUGGUAGAGGCGAGGGAAAUCGACUAGCCGGCCCGGGCGAAUCUUUAUACGGAAUAUCGAAUGGCGAAUACCACUCCUACGAAAAUGCUCUGUUAUUGAUACCUUCCUUUAUUUAGCUGAAAUUACUUUGAUGACUUUUGGAAUUGCUCGCACUUGAGCAAGCUUGUAUAGGGAAAGUGGGAGGUACGACGGAGAGGAGGGGAUGGAUGAACUUUUAUGAAUGAAAUGAAUAUUAUGACAGUAAUGACGAGGUUAUCAGGUUCAAUUCGGUAUGGGAAUGGGAAUGGGUAAAGGAUCGCAUCCAUGCUUCGGUACAUGCACAAUUGGGAGGUUGCACAGCUUGUCAUGGUAUGAAGGAAGGGCAUAUCGGUAGGAGUUUUUGGUCUUUUUCUCUAGUACAAGCGACACUUUUAAGUUAUGAACGACAUCCUUACAUUAUGGUUGCACCAACAAUUUCAAAACAGUGAAACCGAAGCCGUGCUGUUUGUCAAUGAUGUUAAUUUCUGUGUUGGAUGGACGAAGAAACUUCGAAGUUAAGGCGCUUCAUUGUGCUAUUCAAGUGCGAAGUUGGGUCUGACAAUUAGACAUACUCUGACGCUCCUGAAUAAGUUCGUAAUCAGGCAGAAUGUGAGCUCGCCUCUAUAUCUUCAAGUGUCGUCGCUACAUAGGCCUGAGGUCUAGCCGUAGCAGGUUAUGAUCGAUCGACAGUAUGCCGAACGGACAACAUUGAAAUGAUAAAUGUAGAGAUGCAUCAUAUAUCAACGCCUGCAAGGCGUUGAACGUCGUAGAGUCAAAGUGCUGUUUUCGAUUGAUGUCUACGCUUCACUUUGUUUACUAGCUUUCUCGCGCCACUAUAGGGAUAUUUGAGGCCUAUCUGAAAAUUCUGGUGCAUUUUUCAUUGGCCUUGUCAGCUUUCUGUAAAGAUGCUGAGUUCAUGGACUUCGACAUACGAUGCUCGAUCGCUUUGCAAACUCCAUAAAUGUUCUUUGCAGGGACUUUUUCAGAAGCUUCGACAUCGUUUUUGCAAAGAGGUUCAACUUUCACGCGCAUAUUGCUAGAGUGACGCGUGCAAUGAUAUGGGUAGGAGAAAAUGUGUUUUAUAGUCGUUGCAAUUCAACCGUGAAAAAUUUUCGCAAUCUGGAAACCAUCUGGACACUUGAAUCCGCAAGCCAGUUGGGAUAAUCAAUUCAUUAUAUUAUGUGUAUUUUACCUGUACUACUAAAGAAGACUUUGAUGUCUUGCUAGUCUAAAUUGUUGCAUACACCGGACAGAAUUAUGCGCUUCAAUUUGCGCAAAGUGAAUGCAUCACUUUGGACUGACUUCUUGAUAUAUAUCUUUUGUUUCAAUUAAAUCCCUACCUUUCUUCCAAACAAAUACCACUCUUUACUUCUCUCAAAUACGACUACACCUAUACUCCCUCUCUCCUGCAAAAAUAUCUCAUCUCAUCCCAUCUCAUCCCCCAUCUUCCCGCAUCCACCCACUCCCCACCCACUAGAAGUGAAUAUAACCUCACCCGCCCGCGUCCCCCUUCCAGCCAACCACAUUCCCCAAAAGUAAAAAAAAAUCCCCUCCUCCGAAAAUGAAGAAGAAAAAAGACAAAAAAUUAAGGACGCUCUAUGCAACGAAUCCUGGAGACCCCUUAAUUUAAACCAGGCGAACUGAUUCUUCAAGAAGACAAUCACUUUAUAGUCUUGUUAAGCAGAGGUGCCGUUUUACGGGCAUGUGCAUACUCAGCGCGUUACCACUGAGCCAG